AUGACGUCACCGCAGGCGAGGGAGGACUCAGUUUGCCACGUCGGUUUGCGUGUUGAGAAGGAAAAAAAAAACUAACUGAUUAACUCUGGCUAACUUUGCAACUUAAUGACCGUGCUGCGUUGCGGAAAGUAAUCGUUCUUAUCAGCGGAACCGUUACUCGAGCGCGUCGCUCCGUUUCCACCUGAAGAACAUCCGAUUGUUAUUAAAAGCAUCACCCGAGAAACAAACGCUGGCUCUGGACUCGAUGUUUUACUCCGAUUGACCGAUGCGUCCACUCCAUCCGCUCGGAAUUGAUGCUGGCCGGGCUGUGCUGGGGGAGGAGGCCGUGAGGACGUUGGAGCUGGGAGCUGCUGGUAUUGCGCUGGUGGUGGUGCUGGUGGUUGGCACCGUGCGAGCUGGACAUGCCCGGGGGCCGCAGGGGUCCGAGUAGACAGCAGCUGAGCCGCUCGGCAUUGCCCUCCUUGCAAACACUGGUGGGGGGCAGCCUCAGCAACGGCACGGGCCACAGGAGCAGGAACAGUAAUUCAUCGGGUCUGACGGCUCCCCCUCUCACGACCCUGAUUACGCCCGAGCCGGUGCGCCACUGCCGCAUCCCUGAGCUUCCUCUGGACAGCAGCUUGCUCUUCGAGUUCCUGCUCUUCCUGUACCUGCUGGUGGCACUCUUUGUGCAGUAUAUUAACAUCUACAGGACGGUGUGGUGGUAUCCUCACAUCCACCCUGCUGCCUCUACCUCGCUGAACUUUUAUCUGAUCGACUACCACCUGGCUAUCUUCAUUACCGUGAUGCUGGCCAGAAGACUAGUAUGGACCAUUGUCUCAGAGGCCUCCCAGGCGAGCCCGUCUUCGUUUGUGCAGUAUGUGCUGCUGAUUGUGGCCCGACUCAGUCUCCUCACUCUGUGUGGUUGGAUUCUCUGCUGGACCCUCGUCAACCUCUUCAGGACCCACUCAGUGCUUAACCUGCUCUUCUUGGGCUACCCGUUCGGUGUAUAUGUGCCACUGUGCUGCUUUCACCAAGAGGGCCGAACUCAGCAAGCGCCGACAGACUGCUCAUUUUCAGAGCCGGACGGGACAGACGGCUCUCUGCAGCGACCCAAGGACUUCUUAGCGCUUGUGCGAGAGAAUCUGCGGGAGCAAUUCUUCAGCCCCACCCAUGUUCCCGCCCACACAUGCCCGCCCUCUCCCGAGCUCAUACGCAGCGAGGUGGAGGAGCUCAAGAGCGACUUUAACCGUCGCAUCAAAGAGGUGCUCUUCAAUUCUCUGUUCAGCGCGUACUACGUGGCCUUCUUACCGCUCUGUUUCGUCCAGAAAACACAGUACUAUGACAUGCGCUGGUCAUGUGAGCACUUGAUCAUGGUGUGGAUCAACGCAUUCGUAAUGCUGAUGAGUCAGUUGCUCCCUCCCAGCUACUGCGACCUGCUGCACCGCUCCGCCGCACACCUGGGCCGCUGGCAGCGACUCGAGCACGGCUCCUACAGCAACGCGCCACAACACACGUGGUCAGAGAACACAAUCUGGCCUCAGGGUGUGUUAGUGAGACACAGUCGCUGUCUGUACAAGGCCGUGGGGCCAUAUAACGUGGCCUUGCCCUCUGACGUCUCGCACGCCAGAUUUUAUUUCCUGUUCCAUAAGCCAUUGCGGAUCCUGAACCUUCUGAUCGGGAUCGAGUCGAGCGUGGUGCUCUACCAGCUGUACUCGUUGCUGCGCUCCGAGCGCUGGAAUCACACACUUUCGCUGGGCCUCAUUCUCUUCUGCAACUACUAUGUGCUGUUCAAGUUGCUGCGGGACCGCAUAGUGCUGGGCAAAGCCUACUCGUACCCCCUGAACAGCAACAGCCUGGGUCUCAAGUCACAGUGAUGUGUGCUUUAGGGUGUUUUAUCAAAUGACUGUGAACUCCAGCUGGUAUUUCUUUUGAUACGGUUCUAUUUUCCUGCAACAUUUCUAUCUAUUUAAGAAAAUAUUUUAUUUUGUAUACUGUUACAUGAAUGAACGCAGGGCAUUACGUUUGCAUGACGUGAUGUCAUUUCUUCCCAUAUGUAAAAGUUUUGGGGGGAAAAAAAAACCAAACGGUGGAAAAAGAAGCAGACGGGGAGAAGCGUCUAUGCUUUUUAGCACGUUUCCCACACGACGUCCAAAUGUCGCCAAAGAUGCUCUUAAAAACAAAACAAAAUGGGCAGCCAGUGAAGAGAGGAGUUCAGCUGUGCACUCUAGAUGGAGGUCUGACAAGUGGAUGAAAUUCGAUCUUGUAUAGUGAAUGCUGUAUUAUUUCUCUUCAUUGCAUUACUGUAUUUUAUGAUUAUGAACUGUCGAUAGCCUGAUAUUGGUGCAUUUAAAUUUACUUUCUUUUUUUUUUUUUCUUUUCUUGGACUCCACUUUUUCCUGUCGCAACAGCGUUUUGAAGCUUAGUAGAUGCCACUUUGUUUCCUGUUUAUUUAAGUUCAUCUCUGUGCCAAAUCCCAGGAUGCUAUGGGAGCCUACCUUCUGCCAUUAUUUUCAACAUGGUUAAUGGCUA